ACAGAAACUGAAUAAACUAUCUUCGUCGUCUGUUUGAUCUUUCUCUCUUUUGUUAUGGCGAAUCAAGGAGCAAAGAAGCGGAAAGAUGAGAACGCUCGACACAUGGCUAAGCUCCGGCUUAUAAUGAUCUGUUGCAACAUUUUGUAUGUCAUAGUGAGGGUGAUAAUUUCGCAUUCAAGCCAUACCUGGAAACAUUGGAUUGGUCUUGUGGUAACAUCGUUAGGUUACGCCAUUCCUUAUAAGCUUCUUGAUCAAAUGGCAAAGCCUAGUGUUAGUGAUGAUGGUGAACUUCUUGACGGUGGAUUUGACAUGAGCACUGGUGGAAUGUGUGGAUAUUUGCAUGAUGUACUCUAUAUCACCUGUUUUGUGCAGCUUGGAUCUAUCAUCUCUGGAAAGUUUUGGUACGCGUAUUUAGUGAUUCCUGCAUUUGGAGCCUACAAAGCUUCUGGUCUUAUUAAGGGAUUAUUGUCACAUGGUUCAGAGGGAGGUCUUGAGGAUGAGAAGACUCGCAAAAAGAGGGAGAAGAUGGAGAGAAAAGCUUCUAGAGGACAAGUCGUCAAGACAAGAUCACGAUGAAUGUCAUAAACAUCAUCUUUAGCA